AUGGCGAAGCAGUUGACCGUGACCAUGACCAUGACCAUGACCAUGACCAUGACCAUGACGGCGACGCCACCCUCGAAGCGCGUGCUGUUCAUGAGCACCAAAACCCCCGGCAACUUCCAAGGGACACGAGAUCGCCAGGAGGUCCGCGCUUUGGCAUUACGGGCAGCGUCCUUUGCCCGGCCAAACAGGCGAAAGAAAACCAGAAAGACAGGGGAUCAAAACAGCCGACCUGCUCCAGAAGGUCGUGCUGAACCAACGGGUAGUGUCCAGAACUCGAUCGGUGCACCUGCGUCGCCGACGACGACUCCCAAUCCCCAUGCUCUCGUCGGGAAUGGAACGUCUGACCCCUUUGAUUCCAUGCCUGUUCCCGUCACCGCCCACUGCCACGACAUCCUCGCCUACGUUCGCUCAUUCACAUAUGCAAUAAAUUGGCCCGACGAACUCGAGGCGUGCCGGGAAGGAGGGAGUCUGUACCGGGCACACUCGGUCAUGUAUACCAAGUAUUUCGAACACGCGGCUCCUCUCAACUGUCUGCUGGCCUACGUCUACAACCUCAUGGCCAUCGCACAGCCCGAGAAGGCUGACCACCAUCGGCAGAUCUCGAUGCAAUAUUCCGUCAACGGCUUCCAAUGCCUGCGAGACCUAAUCGACAACCUGGACUACUCCUACGACCAACUCUUGCUGAUCUUGCAGACCAUCUGGCCGCUGGCGAGUGCCGAGUACUCCGAGUCCGUUCGAACAGGCAACGACAAGUGCACUCAGCACCGUUGUGCGUUAAAGAGGCUCAUUCGUCUCCUGGGUGGCCUCGACAAAUUGCCCUUGGUGUACAGGGAGUUGAUUGUGCAUUUCUUUGCCAAAAUCGCGGUCGUGACAGGGACACGCACCGAAAUCGAGCCCUCGUCGUGGGAUCCUGGCCCGUGGAAUGCGCAUCAUGUUCUAUCACUGCCACGAGAACCUGAGGGGAUCCCGAGUCCGUUGCCUGAGCAGUCGGAUGGACCCCAAACGCUGCCAGAUAUCUUGGCUGCAUUGAGAGAACUGGUCGCCGUUGAAGAGGUGAAGAGACAGACGACCUGGUCCGAUGAGGAUCACCUCAGCCCCAUAUUCCGGUGGUCAUUUCUCCGCAGAAUCGCCCUCAAGAUGCGGCUGUGGAAUCUUUGGCACAGUCCUGCCGACCAGAUCGACGCAAGGCCAUUGCCAAACACACCGCUGCGACCACAAGACUCGUCUCUGUGCCUUGCGGCGCAAAUCUUCAUCUAUCUCAGCCUUGAAGCCCACCCCAUCAAACAACCGUGGUUCGCAGCACCAACUCAACAUGCCGAGAUGUUGGACCGGAUCAAGGCAAUGGACACAGCCCUCUUGGAGUGGGUGAAAGAUCUUGAUCCAACGGCGUCAAUGCGGGAUUCUCUAUCAGAUGGAAUAGCGAACAGCGAUUCUACUGCCCUAACACGGGCACAGGAUCUUCUCUGGAUCGUUGCCAUUGGCGCAUGCUUCGAGGAGGAGGUCAAGAAGCAACAAGGACGAAACCCGAUCGCAGAUUUGACGGUGAAACCACAAACCGAUGCCGAGAAUCAGGAUAAUGGCAAUGUUGUGACCACCAAGUUGCCGACCGAAUGGUUCUCUGUGCGAUUUGGCCUACUUGCGAGGAGGCUAGGGUAUACGACAUUCGAGGAUGUGCAAGGAUUGUUCAAAAGGGAGCACGUGUAUGACGGGAUGAUGAUGGAUGAGGCAUUGGAGAGGCUAUUUGAUACGAUCAUGUAA